AUGGCAACUCCGUCGAACUCUUUGCUCAACGACAUCGCUACUCGUUUUCAGGACAACCACAAGCGAGAUCUGGAGUGGCAGAAGAAAAGCUUCGAGCUACAGAAGCUAAAGCUGGUCCAGGAGAUCGGCUCCCUCAAGAUCAAAUGUUACAACUUGCACCACCAGGUGAACGAGCUGCAAUCCGAGAACUUUCAGCUCAAGAGAGAGUCCCACUCCAACGCGAUCGAGGCUGCCGAUAAGGAAACUGCGCAGCACCUGCAUCAAGACUUCCCUCUAGUCGCCAAUGGAACUUCCCACACAAGGCGGGACGAGGGGGAGAUUGAGGAAAUCUUUUCUGCUCCUUUCCUUCCUCCUCCUCAACUGCAAGCACCUGCAAACAGCCAUGUUGACCUAGCACAGCAUUACAUCCGCCUUAUGCAGAGGCGGAAGAGCAGAAAGGUUUGCUCUGAGAGUUGGGGUGCGUGGAAAUCCAAGUUUCAGCAGAGGCUGGGGUUGGCUAGGACUACCUCGAUCAUCCAGACAAGCAGGAGGUUUGUGUCACUGUCUUUCCAUCUUAGAGAGUGGUCGAACCGCUCGAAGACUACGAAAAUUUUCUCGGAAAUUCAGAAUAAUGUGGCAUGCAAAGUUGUCUCGAUGAAGGCCCGGGAGUGCCUUUUCUGUUGGAAGUUCUUGGCCGAUCGGAGGUCGAGCAUCAAGAAGAGCUCCUCUCACAUCAUGCUGCGGAUGGACUCCAAGGUUGUCAUGAGGUACUUCUCGGGCUGGAACAAGUUUGUGUGCAUCGCCAACUCGAUCACCUCAAGAUCGCUCGAGCGCGUCUGUAAGUGCAUGGUGUCCUCAUACAAGAGGCAGUCUGUCAAGAAGGCUUUCAACAACUUGAAACUGAGCCUUGUGGAACGCGACUUCCGGAGCAGCUUGUUGGACCGGCAGAGACGAAGGCUCGACAAGGAACGGCUGUCCACCGCUCUGGAACUCUGGCUCGACUUUUACCUGCUCUGCCGAAACCUCAACCCUCCUCUAAAGUCGUCUCACUUCUGCAUGGCAAGGCACUUGAGAAGAAGUUUGUCACACUGGUGGCAAUGUCACUGUCAGCGACUGAAUGAGGAGCAGGGCCAGGUUGUGGAAGGCCGGAACAAGUCUUUGAUGAUGAGUUUCCUCGAAGCCUGGUUCGAAGCUUCCCUCCUCCUCGCCCCCCACUCGUCAAGUCCAACGUAUGGCUGUGCUGAGCUCGCUGCGACUGGGCAAGCAGCGCCUCCUCUGGUCCACAAGAUGUCAUGGCGGACACAAUGUUGUGCUGUCGUCGAGCGGAGGAGAGGUCAAUGUAGCAUGUCGGGAGCCUUCAAGAGCUGGUUGGAGGCUGUCCAAGAGAUGGGAACAUACGUCUCUGUCAGUGACUGCAGAACGAAGAAGAAGUUUCUCUUGCUGUGGAUGAAAAACUCCUUGGGACUCAUCGCAAACUUCCCUGCCCACCAUGUCGACCACGAUUUCCGGCUCGCCCUCUUCCUCUCCAGAUAUUUCAACGGGUGGAAAAUCUUCGUGCACACGCGCAGCGGAAUGGCGGUUGAGAAGGACGUGGAAAGUUGGAACAAGCAUCCCCUCUAUUUGCAAGAUAUGGUCCGAGAUUUCUUCCAUCUGUGGACAGGCUGCACUCUUGGCGCAGAGGUUUGCUAUCCUGUCAUGGAAGGACGUAGCAUUCUACAAGAAGCAACUGCGGGAGCUCUGUCAGUCUUUGACUGCGAAGGCAAUGAGGCAGGGGCUGGCAAGGAGUUUCAGUCUGCUGUCAAGAAAUAUGAACACCCGGAAGCUUCUCAGAGGACGAGACUCGAGGAGGAAAGUAGAGAUACAGUCGUCCACAUUGCGAGCAUGGCAGUCAGUCACUCCUCCCUCCCUCCUCCCUCUCAAGAGCUCAGCCGUUGCCAGCCUCAGCAGCUCGCUGGCUGCUGGGGAGGGGCGGGUGGAGAGGCUUCACAGCAGAUUUGUUCGGUGGGGACGAGGCGACCUGUAGAUUAUUUCAAGUUCAAGUUGUGCUCGAGGGCGUUCAGAUUACUCAGAGUUUACAGCUGCUCCUUUGCGGUGACGGAGAGUCUGUGCAAGAACAAGCCGAUCGCCACCAACGAUAAGUUGCUGUUGAAGAUGACGUUUCUGCUGCAGUAUCGGAGAACUUGCGCAGCUCGGGAACAAGUCAAGGCGGGAGAUGGAAGGCAGCAGCAGCAGCAGCAGCAGCAGCAGCAGCAGCAGCAGCAAGAGGCUGAGAGCGACGAACGUGUCAAUGCUCAAAGGGCUCGGAGCAUGUGGGAGCAUAUAGACCAGAAGAGCAGGAAGGAACGGGUGCAGCAGAGAACAAAGGAACGCGCGUGCGAAGAGAGCUUGGGGGAUGUAUUCAUGCUGAUAGAAAGAUUUGAGCGGCAAACAAGAAGUUUCACACUGGGGUUGACGGCAAGAGUCUGGUCGUGUUGGAGGGACGAGGUAGAAGACAAUGUUAUCAGGAGAGACGAGAUUGAGAAGCUGAGGGUAAGGGUGAUAAGGAGAGGACAGGCAGCAAGCAUGUCACGGACAGUAUCCUGGCUCAGGGAACGGAGCACCUGCAGAUCAAGGCUGGAUGCGAUCAGCUUGAAGAUCCAACGGAAGCGUCGGGAGCACCACAUGGAGCUUUGCUUCCUGUCAUGGUAUGAGGUGAAGUUGGAGGGACUGCAGCAAAGGCAGAAAGAGUGCACGAGGGUGGUUGUGGUUGCAAACUCUGCAGAGAGGGCGAGGAUUGCUGCAAGCUACAUCGACAAGAGUCUGAGGUGCUUCCGGACAUGGCGAGGCUGGUGGGAGGAAAGGAGAUGCUACUUUGAAAUCCAGAAGACGUGCCAGGGUCGCAACGCCUCCCGCAGGAGGGCUGCUGCCGUCUGCUCAUGGAAUGCGGUGACGUUGCGAUCGAUAUGGAGGAGGAGGACGACCCGGGCGAUGGGGCUGCAGAGGAGGAAGAGGACGCUGCAGGAGUCGGUGAGGAGGUGGAAUCUGCUAGCGGACGUGGCCUUCUUUCAGCGAGCAAACAUCAGGGAAAGGCGAUGGAAGUGGGAGAGGACGAUGGUGGAGGAUGCGCUGACUGAGUGGAGGGUCUUGUGCUCGAGGAUGAACGGGCUUGCGAGGAUAAGAGAUGAGCUUCCCGCAUGGAGGGGCCAGACGGUGACGUCACAGUUCGUUCAAGCAUGGCUGUCGGUGGUCGAACACAACAGGAUGACGAGGACAGCUGGAGAGCAGCUGAAGCAGAGCAGGAGGAGGGCGCAGAUGGAAGAGAGUUGGGGGAGGUGGCAGGGGUUGUGCAGAGCAGCAUCGCACAGGAAGUCAACGGUCGUUCGCUUCAAGAUCCGAUGGAUCAUUCUCAACCUACAAGCUGUCCUCAGCCGCUGGCAGCAAUACUUCCAUGCUUGCUCCUUCUACCAGAUCAGCUCACAGACAAUCUCCGACCGUUGUUGUCGUCGCCUCCUCGUCCAGCUCUGCCAGGACUGGUCGAGCUGGGCGGCGCUAAGGUCAGGGAGGAAGAGUCUUCUGUCGCAGUGCUUGCAAGGGAGGAGCCGCGAGGAAAUGUACAGGGCAAUGAUCUCAUGGAGUGAAAUUGUCAACGGCAGAAAGCACAUCCAUCAUAUCGAGUAUCACCUCACACUUGGGUAA